AUGCUAUGCCAUGGAUACCGUGACCCCAGUGCCAUUCAGAUCCGCGACGAGUCGCGUGCCGUGGAACAGAAAGUGUUCGCCCGGCGUGGACAUGGUGUAUUUCAUAAAGCUUCACCGACCGUGUUCGAGCUGAAUUGGGACACACGUGCUCGACAUGCGUUCUUCACAACAUACAUCCACGGCUUCACCCGCAGUAUGAGUGAGGUCGCCUAUUACUACAGGGAAGCAAAGCCAUGCGACCAUGUAUCCGCAAGUGUCGAGGCUGUCAGUCUAGCAUUCAUGGCCGCUCAAACAGGUAGUCUGCAGCUGAGCCGUUUCGCUAAUGCAAGUUACGUUGCAGCAAUCCAACGGCUCGGUCACACCCUGCAGGAUUUGGAUGCCGACCUGGCUGAAGAAGCACUACAGUCUGUACUUCUGUUGGAUAUGUACGAAAAACUGGUCCAUCGGAACCCUCAAUCGUCGCAUUCCUGGCUAAGUCAUGCAAGAGGAGGCUUGUCGCUUCUUGGAGCUCGCGAGGGCAGCAUUGUGUCCAGCACCACUGGCUGUCAAGUUGCGGCGCGCCUUGUCACGGCAGUAACUGUGAGUUGUGCAACAGUCGGUGGAAGGGUGCCUCCAGAGCUCGCCAAGGUCCGCCGGAACAUCGGAUAUCGCGUCAAGAGCAUCAAGUGGUCUUUCUUGGGCCUACUAGGGCAGGUCGUGAAUCUCAAAGCCGGCGUCAACCGGGGCGAAAUUUCUACAUAUCUUCUACUCGUAAAAGCAAAGCAUCUGGACGAACAGUUCGAGUACCUGAAUAGGGCUCGACCAUCAGAUUGGCAACCAAAGACGAUUUACACAGGCACGGACGCGCGAGUGCUGGGAAAUUCUUACGACGUACACCAAGAGCAUUACAUCACGCAGGUCUCCAACGCCAUUCACACACUACGUCUCAUUCUAUACAACAUAGUUCGGAGUAAUAUUCCAGAUCAACUUAGGUCGAAAGAAAAUGACUUUUCCAAGAAAGUCCGCGAAUCUGUCAACCCAAUAUGCGCCUCGGUGCCCCAGUUCAUACUACCAGGGGUUCACUUCACCAACUCCAUACCCUUCUCGCCGGUGCAGCAGCUUCACUGCAGUACUUUACUCGCGCCUAUGUAUCUCGUCAAUCAGGUUUCUGAAGAUUUGCUCGUCAAAGAAUGGGUUCGACGAUGCUUCAAGUUCAUGUGGGAAUCCGGAGGCCUGAAAGCCGCCAAAGACAUCAUGGACGCUAUGGACAGAAGGUCGGAUCUGGACUAUUGGACGGUUUACGCCAUGACAGGGAGCUAUGCAAUUGCUGCCUGA